AUGGAAGACGCGAAUAACAUUGUUAACAUAGAUACACCAAUCGAAGAAGAUGCCGCGAAUUGGAAACAGGUCCCAGCAAAGGACGGCUAUCCCGCUUACCAUGUAUACACGGUUCCAAUUGAGAAGAGCCCUGCAGAUGACCGCGAGUAUCGUAUUAUUCGCCUGGAAAAUAAACUCGAGGCAAUUCUCGUACAUGAUGAGAAGACCGACAAGGCGGCGGCAAGCUUGAACGUCGCCACAGGAAAUUUUUAUGAUCCAGAUGAUAUCCCCGGUCUAGCACAUUUGUGCGAACACAUGUUGUUUUUGGGAUCAGAUGAAUUUCCUAAAGAAAACGAAUUCGAUGAGUACCUUUCCAAAAGAGAUGGCGCCACGAAUGGGUGGACUACAGGCUCUGAACAAGGAUUCUAUUUCGCGGUUGCCUCGGACUCCUUUGAAGGCGCACUUCAUCGCUUUUCCGCCGUCCUCCACGGACCGCGGUUUGAUCCUGACUCAACGAUGCGGGAGAUCAACGCAGUUGAUUCCGAAUUUAUAGACACUAUUCAGGACGAUGGCAGUAGGAUUAGUGAAGUAGAAGGUAGCCUUGCGCGCCGUGGGCAUCCGUUUGGGAAGUUUGACUUUGGGAAUAAGGAAACAUUAACACAAGCCGGAUGGGCUACGAAAAAUCGUUCAAAGUCAACAUUAACGAAAGCAGAUAGAAGGGAUAAAACCCGUGAGGGUCAAGUGUCAACUAGUAAUGACUCAACGGUCAGUAAAGAGAAUGACGACACCAAAGGGGCAUUAGAAACAAGACGCAGACUGAUCGAAUGGUGGAAGAAGGAAUACUGUGCAGGUCGAAUGAAACUUGCACUGGUUGGUAAAGAGUCUCUCGAUGACCUAGCACGAUUCGUUACAAAGUACUUCUCACCGGUUAAAAAUCGUGGACUAGACCCAUUACCAAAAGUGCCCGAUGAUCCCUAUGGAAAGAAUGAGCUCAGUAAAUUUGUACAUGUCAAAACAGUCAUGGACUUGUACGAAGUUGACCUUACUUUCCCUAUUCCUUGGCAGACUCCCCACUGGCGCGUGACGCCUGCUGACUAUCUUGCGCAUUUAAUUGGACAUGAAGGACCAGGCUCUAUAUUGGCCUAUUUGAAGAGCAAAGGCUUGGUCAACGAAUUAUGUGCUAGUUGCUCGGCACCCGGUCGCGGUGUUUCGCAAUUUGAAGUGUCCAUCGACCUAACAAAAGAGGGUUUCAAGAAAUAUCGUGAAGUGAUUCUAGUGAUAUUCAAUUAUAUCAACCUGUUGCGUGAUUCCGAAAUUCCAAAGUACGUGUACGAGGAGUUCAGGACGCUUGGCGAACUCUCGUUCCGCUAUGCUGAGAAGAUCAACGCGUGUCCCUACUCGCAGAUCUUAUCCGGUAUGUUGGAACUUCAGGCGCCGCGAGCGCUACUUCUGAGUGCUCUCGCAUACCCGAGGAAAUGGGACAAGAAACUCGUGCGCGAGACUCUGAAUGCGCUAGAUGUCAAGAACUGCUAUAUUUUCGUGGCCGCUCAAGACCAUAGUCAGAUUGGAAAGACUGGACCUUGGCUUACAGAGCGUUGGUAUGGGACACAGUACAUGGAAGAAAAAUUCCACAAUGAUUUCAUUUCCGCGGCUCGCAAGAAGAACGAUAUCAAGGAGCUUGCGCUUCCUAAGCCGAAUGAGUUCAUUCCGAAAAACACAGAUGUGGAGAAAAUAGAUGUUUCCGAGCCCAAGAAACGCCCAUCGCUUAUUAAACGUAAUUCGCUUUUGGAAGUAUGGCAUAAAAAGGACGAUCAGUUCUGGGUUCCCCGCGCGCAUGUCUUUCUUUUUGCCCGAACCCCUAUCGCUGGUACAACUGCUCGGGCGCAUCUCAUGACGAUCUUAUUUGCGGACCUCGUUGAAGAUCAUUUAUCUGACUAUUCUUAUGAUGCCCAACUUGCCGGAUUGUCGUAUGAGUUUGACGGUAGUAUACAGGGUAUUGGCAUCGGUAUUGGUGGAUAUAGCGAUAAACUACACGUGCUUCUGCGCCGCGUUCUCGAGACAAUUAAGGGACUUAAAAUCAAAAAGGAUAGAUUAGCUGUAAUGAUGGAAAACGUGCAAAUGGACCUGGAAAACAUUUUACUCGAAGACUCAAGCGUGCUUGCAAAGCACCACUUAAUUUACCUACUUAGAGACCGUCAGUAUACCAUUGAAGAAGAGUUGGAGGCGCUCAAAGAAAUUACUGCCGAGGACCUCGCUGAGCAUGCAAAGAAAGUGCUUGCUGAACUUAAAUUUAAAGUACUAGUAAAUGGCAAUCUGCGUAAAGAGGAUGCCCUCAGCAUCGAAUCCAUGGUUGAAGAUAUCCUCGGUCCGAAACCCGUUCCGUCGGGUAAACUUAUUGAAAAGCAGUCACGCCUUCUGCCCAAGGGUACCAAUUAUAUCUGGGAGCUCCCUGUCCCUAAUCCAGGGCAUAUAAGCUCAUGCGUCGCCUACUACUGUCAUAUCGGAAACGUCUCGGACUCACGUAUUCGCGUAAUAGCCAAUCUCAUAGGCCAAAUUAUGCAACAGCCUACAUAUGAUACACUUCGUACCAAGGAGCAACUCGGAUACUAUGUCGGAGCUCAAUCAGUCGAAGGCAUUGAGUCCAUCGGAUGGGCCCUCAUUAUCCAAUCAGAGAAGGAUCCAAGGUAUCUCGAAUUGCGGAUUGAAUCCUUCUUGCAUAAAAUGCGCAAGACGAUUGAGGAAAUGGAAGAAAGCGACUUCGAGGAACAUAAGAAAUCGCUUGUGCACAUGUGGACUGAGAAGUUGCAUAACCUGUCAGAAGAGAGUGAUGAGUUCUGGUCUGCUAUCACAUCCGGGUACUAUGACUUCCAAGGCGAUCAGAAAGACGCACAGCUCGUGCAGAAUGUCACAAAGUCGGAUGUCCUUACCAUGUACAAGAAAUUUAUCGACCCUGCGUCUGACAAACGUUCAAAGUUGUCGGUUCACUUACGUUCUCAGAAUCCGCCGGGACCAAAAUUCAGUGAAGAAGCAGCCAAGUCGUUCCUUCAAGUGCUACGCAAGGCCGGUAUCAAGGUAAAUGAAGAAGAGUACAACGCAGAGUGCCAAGAUGAGCCGCCUGUUGCACAAAUACGCGCAUACUGGGAAGAAGGACUGCGCGAGGAGACCGAGGACAACGACAAGAAGGUUGAGAAGCUGCUUGCUGAAUUUGACAAACUUGUUGAGAAGUAUCCAGCGAAGGGACAGCAACCUGUUGAACUAGACGCGAAGGUGGAGUUCAUCAAGGAUGGCAAGAAGUUCAGGGAGGGACUAGAGCUUUCUGGACCAGCGAAACCCGUUGAAAACUUUGAGGUUGAAUAA